GCAAAUGAGUCAUCAGCUUCGAACUUUCUCUCACAUUAUUCUUUACUCUCUGUCUCUCUCACUCCUCUUUCUUUCCCUUUAUUUUUUUCUCUAAGCAGCUCUGAAACAAAUGCAGAGAAGAAUUUAUGCCCCUCAAAAUUCUCAUUCAACUUCCGCACGGUGUUAAAAGGGAAAUGAUUAGGGAGAUGAGCAAAGAGCACCCACCCGAGCCUCUUGAUUUCUUCAUUUGGACUGUUGAGGAUGUUGGUUUGUGGUUGGAAGAAAUAAAACUGGGCAGUUACCGGCAAACUUUUAAAGAAAAUGGUGUCAAUGGAGAAUACCUGGAAGGCAUGUCAAUGUUUACUACCGAGCAGAUCCUUCGGUUUAUAAGACGUUGCCACAUGAAAUGGGGAGAUUUUAUCACGCUGUGUAAGGAACUAAGGCGAAUUAAAGUGGCUUGCCUAAAAGGGGAGCAAAAGGUCCGCAGGCCAUGGUGGGCGCCGUCUUGCCUCUCAGUAGUAUUCGUCAAGGUGGCAAAGCGUAACAGACAAUCACGUGUUGUUUCCUUGAAGCUGGAACCGUAAAGAAAGAUCUUCUUAUAUGUACCUAUUUAAAUUUUCAUUUUUGCUUAGAGAACAGAAAAGUAGGACAGUACUUUUUUUUUCUUUUUUCGAAUAUGUCACGUUUACCUGUUCUUCUCUGGAGAACUCUGUUUAUUAUAGCUUUUUAUGUAUCUAUCCCUGGUCUUUCGAUCUUUAUAUGAUUGUUUUGCUUUGAGAA